AUGGAAGAAGUGGACUACUGGAGAGUUGUACAAUUUGUGCUUGGAAUCCUGCUAUUCGUGUUCGGACCUCGGUUGAGUAAAAAUGUUUUCUUUUACUACGUAUGCGGCAUCACUUUUGGAGUUGGAGCUUCUUUUCUGAUUCUGGUUUACUUUAUGAGUCGUUUGUUUCCAAAGAGACCUUUGAUGUACGGAUUCUUCCUGGGAGGAUCAGCCAUAACUUUCUACGCUUUCCAGCUGAUGAUGGAUAAUGUGCGCACCAUCUCGAUGCUUUACAAAGAAUACGUGAUUGGAUACUUCUUUACCACCUCACUCAUCAGCUUCAUCGUUUGCUACAGAUUUGGACCCGUCUCUGAUCCCAGAAGCAUCAACCUCAUCAAAUGGUGUUUACAGGGCGCUGCUCUGGUAUCAAUAUUUAUGUGCAGCUACUUCCAGGAAGCAGUACUUGGAGUUGACCUUCUUCUUUUGGUGACUUACAAUAUUCCCAAGUCGUGGUUUAUCUCAAUCAUAACUCUCAUGAAACGAUUUCGACCAACACCGAAGAGAAAGCUUUUGAGUGAAGAUGAAUACCACGAGCAAGGGGCACGAGAAACGGCCAGAGCUUUGGAUGAAUUACGCGGCUAUUGUUCCAGUCCAGACUGUGACCAGUGGCGAGUUAUGACCCGGCUCAAGAAUCCCAUAAGGAAACGAUUUCGACCAACACCGAAGAGAAAGCUUUUGAGUGAAGAUGAAUACCACGAGCAAGGGGCACGAGAAACGGCCAGAGCUUUGGAUGAAUUACGCGGCUAUUGUUCCAGUCCAGACUGUGACCAGUGGAAACGAUUUCGACCAACACCGAAGAGAAAGCUGUUGAGUGAAGAUGAAUACCACGAGCAAGGGGCACGAGAAACGGCCAGAGCUUUGGAUGAAUUACGCGGCUACUGUUCCAGUCCAGACUGUGACCAGUGGCGAGUUAUGACCCGGCUCAAGAAUCCCAUAAGGUUGCGAAAUUCGUGCAAGGGUCGUCGCAUUUGGAUGAUGAUGAAGUUUUGGCGUACGAUGUCGAUUCAACAAGAAAUGGCAUUGCAUCUCCUCAAGAUUAUUUCACUGACGAUUCGAUUGACGGAACGUCACUUCUUUCAAGUGCUGUUGGCAAGUUUUUGCUAA